AGAAAGUCCUAAUUGUAUUGAUCUUUGAUCUGUUGCGCUCGCAGCACCAAAGCUACAAUAUCAUCAAUCGUCUCACCCCAUCGCUUAAUUCCGCGCCGUCAUAUGUUACGACAAGAUACACACCAGUUGCGGAAACCACAUCACGAUAUCACACGUUGUAGUCGAGAAUUGUAUUGAUAUUCAUUCUGAUUUUCACAGAUGAUCUUCGAUCUGUUGCGUUCGCAGCACCAAAGCUACAACAUCAUCAAUCGUCGCUUAAUUCCGCGCCGUUGGUCUUGACAUCAUCAGAGCUCUCCAUCGUAUUCUAGGUAGUUCAGCAGCUGUUACACUUUGGAUGCUUAAUUCUUUAUUGUGUUCAUUAUUGAGUUGGGAACACUUCCUCUCUCAGUGCGAUGGGUUGGUAUGGUCUGGGAUUUACUUAUACUUCAAAUGAUAAAGUGGUCUGUGCAAAGGUCAGAAACAGCUUAAAUAUAGAAUCCAUUGAAUUUCCACCUUUGUGCAUGUCUUCAGCUAUCAUUGGUCAAGCUUUGUAACCAGAGUCCUAUUGUUAGGCAAUUUUUCAUUUCUUUGGCCAUGUAUGUUUGUAUAGAAGAUGCAACUGUCAGAUCUUCAGACUCAACUCUCCACGUAAUAUUUCACAUGUGGAGGACACCCGGACAUGUUUACGGGUUGAUGAAUGGCUAUAGUUGAUAACUUGAAAGGGUGUGCGAAUGUAAUUUUGUUAGCAUACAUGUGAUCAAGCAGUUGCAAAUUCAUAGAGACUGUUCAGAUGUACAGUGCUAGUGACAGUGGCAAUGGAAAUGGUAGUGGAGCACCUGCAUUGCUACAUCCUAUUUCGUGAUGAAGUUUGCAUACUUUCUGUGCACUCGGAAACAUGGAUGUUUAUGGAUGAGAUGUCUAUGGAUGUGAGAAGUUUAUGUGGGAUGUCUACGUGUAAACCAAUGCCAAGAGGGCGUGGGAAGUUUAUGGAUGUUUCGCCCCUUUCGUUCUUGGGGUUUUCUUUUGUACUCAGCUUGUUUAUAACCUCAGAGUUUGGCGGUAAAAAGAGUUAAGUUUUCUGAACACAAUGUGUCUUGGUUCUCUGAAAUUAUUUCACUAAGAAGUGUAUGCAGUUUGUAAAGAGUGGUAAGCGGUUUAAUAAAAGGUGAACACACUUUGUAAAGACUAAAGUAGGGUGAUAUAAAUGAGAUGUCUCUAAGAAUUCAUUUUCUUGAAUUCAAAUUAGGAUGAACCGGAGUGAUAAUGAUGGUGGUUCUAGGUAUCUUUGAUAGCUCUGAUGGCUCAGGCUUAACUUUUUUUCCCAAUUUUAAAUUCAAACUUGCUUUGUCAUACAAAUGAUCAUCUAGCUGCCUGAAACCGAAAACUUUCUAGUGGCUCUGCCACUUUUAUCUUUGGGAUUAUUAUUACUCCUUUCGCAUGUAUUUACAUGUCUUUAUAGCUGUCUUCUUGAUGGAUUGGAGGCGGUAAAAUAAUUUGCAUGUUCUCACAGUGGAGAACAGGUGUAUAUGAUGUGAAUGCUGGAAGAAUUGAUGCCUUCCAAUGGCACAUCUGCCCCUUUACCUCAUUUCGUGAAGUUGUCCUUUCCCAAUCAGAUUCCAUCUUUCAGAAUAUUGGCAAGCUUUGUUCCGGUCCCCUUCAUACUUCUUCGCUUGACAUGGGCUUUAGAGGUAGCUAAUGGGGAGGAAGGCACUGGCGUGUAGGCCCUGGUGCUGUGGCAGUGUCACAUGGUGCCAGUAGAAGUAUGAACUCGCUGAAAGAUAAAGAGUAAAGUUGGAAGAAAUAUCCUUCAAGAAAUUUGGAGUAGGAAAUUGAAACCGGGUUCGUAAGAAACAAAAAGGAUCCUCCACAUGAUGAGUGUUGUGUUUUGGUGGUUUGUUGAAUCCUUGGAAAAAAGGGUGGUCUUUUGUCUGUGAGUACUUUGUUUUUAGAAUUCACUGACCACAAGUAUUCCGGGAAUUGAGUAUAUCCAGGAUUCAUGCGUGGGGGUGGUGGUUUGCCUAGUUCAUAGUAGUGUAUUUAAAAGGUAAGGGUUACAUUGGCUCGGAGUUGGAAAGUCAAGACAAAUGUCAUUCUCCUGCACACAGAAUGGAUGCUAUGGAAGAGCUGAAAGAACUUGUCGAGUGCUUUAGGGUGUUGUCGCCAGAGCUUAUAUCAUGGACUCUGGCAAAUAGAAUUGAUAUUUGGGAGCAGAAUCCGAGAAUGAAGCUUUCUGAAAGAGCUCGCAAAAUAUUGAGAAAAAUAUUUGCGGUCGGCUAUCAAUCAAUAUGUGCAUAUGGAGGGUCAUACCACUCUUUAGGAGAUUUUAAAAUUGACAAUGAUGGAGCUGCAUUCUUCCUUGAGAACAAGUUUAUCCAAGAAGCUUCUGGAGAAGAUGUCCAAGCCCUAUAAGGGUUGCAUUAAAUAUAGUCGACCUUUUUUGGCAUGUUGCACCUGGCAAGCAAGAUCCCCCCAUUGAAGUCAAGAACUUUAGGGAGCUUUGUUCUCUUGCCCUAAAGAAGACUGACGAGAUAUCUAUCCGGAAGCUGUGUUAUUACAUUUUCAAAAAUCCGAUCGUGUUUGAUCGAGGGAAUGAAUUAUGCUUUCUACU